ACUCACUCACUCACUCGCAGAGGAAAAGAAUGAGGAAGAACCCGUUCCUUUCACUCCGGCACAUUUCUGUCUGUCUCCGGUCUCGCGAUCUGGUCUGAUCUGAUCUGAUCUGAUCUGAUCUGGUCUGAUCGGCUGUGUGAAUGGGAAAGCGGGAGCGAGUGUGAGUCUGAACAGUGCUGCGGGUUUCUUAUCGCUGCUUCCAUCCGCCGUAUAAAAGCAGCAAACCGAAUGCGAGCUCGAGCAGUGCGGCACCGACCACGCGCGCUCCGUCUCCCCGCGACCUCCUCUGUGUCCGAAGGUUUCCGAAGCAGCAGACGGUUCAUUUUUCACCCGUGGCAGAAUGAUGAGGCAUUCUGAGGUUUCCUCGUUCCUCUCUAUGGGGCUCCAGUGUCUCGCACUAGUAGCAGUGUUGCUCUGCAACAUCCAUCACGUGACAGCAGAGAAGGUUCAAGACCACUCCAGCUCGGACCAUUCUAACAAAUCAGGGACCUGCGGGGGUAUCGUCCAGUGCGCCCCCGGAGUCAUUCUCCCCGUAUGGGAGCCCCAAAACCCCUCUUUCGGGGACAAGGUGGCACGGGCCACAGUGUACUUUGUGGCAUUGUUUUACAUGUUCCUCGGAGUUUCCAUCAUCGCAGAUCGUUUCAUGGCGUCCAUCGAGGUAAUAACCUCUCAAGAGAAAGAGAUCACCAUUAAGAAACCCAACGGAGAAACCACCACAACCACGGUACGCAUCUGGAACGAAACUGUGUCUAACCUCACCCUCAUGGCCUUGGGUUCCUCUGCUCCAGAGAUUUUGCUUUCUGUCAUCGAGGUUUGUGGUCAUAACUUUAACGCCGGAGAUCUUGGACCAUCCACCAUUGUUGGAAGUGCUGCCUUUAACAUGUUUGUGAUUAUAGGAAUCUGCGUCUACGUGGUUCCUGAUGGGGAACAUCGUAAAGUGAAGCACCUUCGCGUCUUCUUCGUCACUGCCACCUGGAGCAUUUUUGCGUAUCUGUGGCUCUAUCUGAUCCUGGCGGUUAUCUCGCCAGGCGUUGUACAAGUUUGGGAAAGCCUCCUCACACUUUUCUUCUUCCCCAUCUGUGUGGUCUUUGCCUGGAUUGCAGACCGUCGUCUGCUCUUUUACAAAUACGUCUACAAACGCUACAGAACUGGAAAGCAUCGUGGGAUGAUCAUUGAGACCGAAGGAGAUCGUCCUCUUCCAUCCAAAGUGGACAUUGAAAUGGACGGGAAGAUGCUCAACUCUCAUGCUGUGGAUUUUCUGGAUGGAACUUUGACUCUGGACCUGGACGACAAAGAUCUCGAUGAAGAGGAGGCCAGACGUGACAUGGCGAAGAUCCUGAAGGAGCUGAAGCAGAAGCAUCCGGAUAAAGAAGUGGAGCAGCUGAUUGAGCUCGCUAAUUACCAGGUUCUCAGCCAGCAGCAAAAAAGUCGAGCUUUCUAUCGGUGCCAGGCGACGCGGCUGAUGACCGGCGCUGGGAAUAUUUUAAAGAAACACGCAGCAGAUCAGGCGCGGAAAGCAGUCAGCAUGCAUGAGGUGCGCAGCGACAUCGGCGAAAACGAUCCCAUUUCCAAGAUCUAUUUUGAUCCUGGAUCUUAUCAGUGCCUGGAGAACUGUGGAACCGUGGCGGUCAAUGUGGUGCGUCGCGGUGGAGAUCUCAACCAAACGGUUUCCGUCGAAUUCCGCACAGAGGACGGGACGGCCAACGCGGGCUCGGACUACGAGUUCACCGAGGGUACGGUGCUGUUCAAGCCGGGAGAGACUCAGAAGGAGAUCCGCGUCGGCAUCAUCGACGACGACAUCUUCGAGGAGGACGAGAACUUCCACAUCCACCUCAGCAACGUCCGCAUCGUCCACGAAAGCGAAGAAACAGAGAAUGCCGAAGCCAAUCACGUGGACACCAUUGUUACCCUCGGCAUGCCUUCCACCGCCACCGUCACUAUAUUCGAUGACGAUCACGCUGGAAUCUUCACCUUUGAAGAACCGGUGACGCACGUCAGCGAAAGUAUCGGCUUGAUGGAGAUGAAGGUUCUCCGUACAUCAGGAGCUCGAGGUGUGGUUAUGGUUCCCUACAAGACCAUAGAAGGCACAGCUAAAGGAGGAGGAGAGGAUUUUGAGGACAGUCACGGUGUCUUGGAGUUCCAGAACGACGAAAUCUUGAAGACGAUCUCGGUCUAUGUGCUCGAUCGAGAGGAAUACAAUAAACAGUGCAGCUUUUAUUUAGUGCUCGAGACGCCACAGUGGAAGAGGAGAGGACGCACAGAUCACAGAGAGGAAGUGAAGGAGGUGGAACAGGAAGAGGCGGAGCCUCUAACAGGAGAGGAUGAAGAGGAGCGGCGUAUCGCGGAGAUGGGCAAACCCACACUGGGUGAACACAUCAAACUGGAGAUCAUCAUCGAAGAGUCUUAUGAGUUCAAGAACACUGUUGAUAAACUGAUUAAGAAGACGAACUUGGCGCUGCUGGUCGGCACAAACAGCUGGAGGGAUCAGUUCAUCGAGGCCAUCACAGUCAGUGCCGGUGAGGAUGAUGAUGAUGAAGAGUGUGGUGAGGAGAAGCUCCCGUCUUGUUUUGAUUACGUCAUGCACUUCCUCACCGUGUUUUGGAAGGUUCUGUUUGCCUUCGUCCCGCCCACUGAUUACUGGAAUGGGUGGGCGUGUUUUGUUGUGUCGAUCCUCAUGAUUGGCAUUCUGACGGCGUUUAUUGGAGACCUGGCGUCUCACUUCGGCUGCACCGUAGGACUGAAGGACUCUGUCACUGCUGUGGUGUUUGUCGCUCUCGGGACCUCAGUACCAGACACCUUCGCGAGUAAAGUGGCUGCGAUCCAGGACCAGUAUGCUGACGCAUCUAUCGGGAAUGUGACAGGCAGCAACGCGGUGAACGUGUUCCUGGGCAUCGGUGUGGCGUGGUCCAUUGCCGCCAUUUUCCACCAAUCUCAGGGGCGUGAAUUCCGUGUGGAGCCGGGAAACCUGGCCUUCUCGGUCACACUCUUCACCAUCUUCGCCUUCAUUUGUGUGGCUACACUAAUGUACCGCCGCCGACCCGACAUUGGAGGCGAGCUGGGAGGCCCGAGGACUGCCAAAGUGCUCACAACCAUGCUCUUUAUCAGCCUGUGGCUGCUCUACAUCCUGUUCUCCUCACUCGAGGCUUACUGCCACAUCAAGGGCUUCUAAACACACACUUACACAUACCCAGAGGAUCUCCCUCACACACACACACACACACACACACACACACACACACACACACACACACACACAGCACCCCAAUGUCCAUGAAGAUAUGUCCACUCUCUCUCUCACACACACACACACACACACACACACACACACACACACACACACACACACAAAGGUUAUGUGUAAGGACAGAUAGUAAUAAGAAGAAAUUAACAUGAGACAGGACGUUGAUUAUUUCCUUCUUUUCCCGUUUUAGUUGAGAAUAGACAGCUGACGUAGAUAAAGGAAUGAGGAACUUCGAUAACCUCUGCUAAUAGGCUUUAGUUCUUUUUUUUUUUUUGUGAUUCUUAAAAUGAUCAACAGAACAGAGAAAUGACUGAACAGAAAAGAGCUUUAAUUUGCUGUGAAAUCUUGAUUUUGAGUAUUCAUUUCCUUUCUGCUACUUCUCGCUCCUCUUUCAAUGCCUCAGGCUGAAAGACUGAAUCUGAUUGGAUGCUUGAAGGUCAGUCUAGGCUCCCCAUUGGCUCGGGUGGGGGUCAGAAAGUCCGAGGGUGUGAUUUUAGUGGAGAAUAAUGUAUAAAAAUAAUAUGAAACACUUGACAACCUUGAGGAUAUGCUAGUACUAAAACACUUUACUUUGUACAAUAGCCCAGGUUCCACGAAAUGCUGGAUUUAAGAGAACGGAAUUCUGGGUUAAUUUCCGAAGGCUGUAUUUUUAUUAUAAAGCGUACACGUGCACUAUUCCGGUCCUUUUGUGGCCUUUAUGGUCCUUUCAAAGCCAUUUUCUGCAGCAAAAUCCCUCUAAACUGUUGAUAAAGAACGAUAUUAGCCGUGAUAUAUUAUGUCGAUUUUUCUUCAUACAGGUUGGGAUUUAGAGAGCAUCUUUUAGCUGUUAAAAAUUCGCAUUUUACAAAAAUGUCUCGCCUACUGGAACAGGAUUUAACGUUUAAAGUUAGCAUGGUAAGCGCAUGUGGUGUUAUUGCUAACAACAAAGCUAGCAAAACUUUAUUUACCUGAACACACAUUAUAGCCUACAAAUAUUCACUAACUGCUGUAAGAAACCAAUCAGUCAAAAGAUUGCUGGAUCUAAAACUCAUCAGAAAACAGACGACACGCUAUUCGCAUUAAGAGAAAAGAGUAGUGAAACCAUUGAGCUUUUUCAACAAGCCCUGAGUCAAAUUUGUUCAUGAAUGAGUCCAUCUUUCUGAAAUAGAUGGGUCAUGAGACACUUUUCAUUCGUGAGUAAUUCGUUUUUUAGUCAUGAAAUUGAGACUCUGAAUUGAGGCUGUCACACCCUGAGUCUUUCCUUUCGUUCAGUUGCUGCUGAAGUCAAACUGCUAUAUUUCCGUAGUUUUGAGUUAUUUUUUUAUCCGUCAGUGUUUGUAAAACUCUCAUGACAGUCGUACGUGUAACUGUGUGCACGAGUCCUUAAAUAGGAUUCUUUCCUGUAUCACUAUCAGCUAGCUUCUGUUCUGUGUUCGGUGUGUUUCUGCCCGGAUCCAGACGACUCGGCCGUGUCCAGUCCCCAUGUUUCAUAAUCUUCAUCUAGGAGAUUUUCAGAGUUGUUUUAUAAACGUUAUUUAAACAUUUAAUUAGAUUUUACUGAAUUUUACAGACUGAUAUACCUUGUUAGAUUAGCGUUUUAUUAGUGUGUCUUUUCUGCCUGAGUUUACACUGAUAACACAACACACACACACUCACACAGUUCCCAUGCAGUACACACAGCUACAGUCUCACACAUUUCAAAAGCAAGCGUAACUAUGCUAAAGACGUACACAUCAUCGCUAGCUAAACUCUAUCUCACACACAAACACACACAGUGGAGUUUACGAGGGCGUGCACUCCCUCCAGUCCUGCUGAGAUUAUAGCUAAUUAAGGUUAACUACUUUAGAAGAUUAGCAUGGUUUUAGACAAAGACGCUCGAUUUAAAUUUGUAGAUUAGCAUUGGAUACGACACUGAACGUAGCUAGCAUUCUAACUUUAUUUAAAGGAGGAAAAGCUUUCUGAUUAAAAAUAAACACAGAUUUUCUUUUGUCCUUUUAGAGUCCAGAUUUUCACAUUAACCCUUGAGUAGAGUAGAAUAGAGUGUAGUCGAGUCGAGUCGAGUCACGCUAGCGGUUAAGGCUCAAUACAUUUAGAUUUGGGAUGAAUGCUAAUGCUAGUGUAGAUUUGAUUAAAGGGAAAAUAAAUUAGCCAAAGGGGAAAAAAUGUAAAGCAAAAAGUUUCUACACUUCUAAGCGAAACAGACGGUUUUCUUUUUGAUGCAAAGCUGGAUUUUUUUUACCAAAAGUAACAAAUUAACGCAUAUGAAAAAGUUCAAAAUAAUAAUAGGCCUUGGAAACUUUCAUACGAAAAUUUAUACAAAUUAUAUACAAAAGUCUAACAUUAAGUGCAAAUUAUUAGAGAGUGAGCGCAGGUGUGUGUGUGUGUGUGUGUGUGUGUGUGUGUGUGUGUGUGUGUGUGUGCUAAAGCUCUUCUUUUAUUUUCAGUUAAAAUUUUAUUUCAUUUUUUUUAUACAGGAAUAUAAACUGUUCCCUGUUAUAUCUUUAUGGAGACGAACGACAUGGACGGUUUUGCAAUACAAAAAAAAACACACAUAUACACAAAGAUAAAACAUAAACACACAAAACACACAACUAAACACAAAAUUUAAAAAGACUUGGACCCUUGAUAUUUCUUGAAAAACAAUAAAAAGAAAGAAAUAAAAAGUGAGAAGGUGAUGAAGAUGAAGAUGAAGAAGAGGACGGUGGAUGUGUGUGAAUUACAGCCAUACUCUGCCGCAACGGACUUCCUGUGGACGUGACCUCCUGCUAAUCGCGGCAUGUCUCUAAAAAUGUGUCAGCACCUGUGUGUGUGUGUGUGUGUGUGUGUGUGUGUGUGUGUGUGUGUAGUUUUGGUCAGUCAGAUGCGUCUGUCUGCAGCGUGUUACUAACACCCGCUCCUGAAACACAGCCGUGUCAGGUUUAUGAACACGAGUGCACUAGCAAAAACUAGUAAAUCCAGUGUUAGCCGCUAUCUGAUGAUGCUAAAUAACUUUAAAAUCAAAUGGUUUGAAUGCGCUAGUUAGCAUCUUCAAUCAAAAUCGAACACUAAAUAUUCUUAUAGUUAAACGAUCCGCUUUAACUUUACCUUUUAUUAUUUUUGAGCGUUGCAGGAUGUUAGCACAUUUUGCUAGGUUAGCUCUAGCAUAGCUACAUACUGUACUUUCAUGUGUUGUCAUUUAUGUAUCUCCGAUUUCAUUUCAUUCGCACCGGAUAUUAGCUAGGUAGCAUCUUUUUUCUUUUUCAAGUAAAAAUUUUUUUUACCACAAUAUUGACUCCAACACAUCGUGAUUGUUUUUAAAACUGCGAAAUUGAUGACACUUUCUCAAAAAAGAAAUCUGAAAAUUUAAAAAGUUUUUGUUGUCAGGUUAAAUUAUAUUUUUUUUUUUUACGAUUAUUUUUCAGUUGAUUUUCUAAGAAAUCUAAUUAGUUUAACAUAGAUUCAUUUUUAUUGGAUGUAAUUAUUAGUGCUAUUAUCUUUAUGUUCAUUCGUGUGAUUUUAUUUCAUUACUUUUAUUAUCCCAAUUACACAUUUUUGCUGAUUAAAAUAAAUCCUUUUUCCAGUUUUCUAAUCAAUUAAAAUAGAAUUUUCACAUUAUUGAUAAUAAAAAUAAUUUAAAUGCUGCGUUGGAAAACAAGUGAUUUAUCCUAAUCAUUAGUGAGAUUUGAGUGGAAUAGAUGUAAUUUAAAAAACUCAAAUUCUAAAAAAAAAAAAUAAAAAAAUAAAAAAAUGCUUCUACUACUACUACUACUAAUAAUAAUAAUAAUAAUAAUAAUAAGGUGAAACAUUAUAAAUAGCUAAAAGUUGAUGCAAGUCCACUGACACUUUUACACCCUGCUGGAGUUUUUCAGGACCGGAUUCUGAUGUUGUGACAUUUCUGGGUCUCUAAUUGUUCUCCACACUGAUUGUGGGCGGUCUUUGCAUUUCAACGCCCACACCCCUCCCCUUUUUCCUGAAGUGCUCCACCCCCUUCUCUAGACUCCUCCCACCCCUGAACCUGAACGUUUCAUAUUUGGAAUGUUAACGUGCUAGUUGUUGACACUGUGCAUGAAUGCUAACCCUGUCUGUAUAUAGUUCUCAGUAACACACUCAUUAAUGUCGUGGAUGAAAAAUGAGGGAUUUUUCUGGAACAUGUUCAUGUAGAUAAUUCCAUUUUAUUUAAGUUUUUUAUCUUGCACACAAACGAUGAACAGAAACAAGAGAAAAAGGCAGUAUCUGUCGUUCCAGACAGGACGUGAGGAGGAUGACCGGGGAAUGCAUGGAUAUUUAUGCUUAUAUAAAUAAUAUUAAUCAUAAUAAUAAUCAUAAUAAUAUAAAUAUAAUAAUAGAAGAAGAGGAAGCAGAACAGCAUCUCUUCUUGCUUGUUCCUGUGGUUUUAUAAUUAUUGUUUGAGGAUAGAUUAUUGUAGAUUAAAUGUUACUCUGUCAUUACGAGUUUUUGUGUGUGUGUGUGUGUGUGUGUGUGUGUGUGUGUGUGUGUGUGUGUGUGUGUUUAUAGUGUACAGUGUAAUGGAGGCGAGUCAGUGCCUCGCCGCUAUCAUAUUUAUUUUAAACCCUUUAGUCAACUCAAGAAGAAUGACAAAUAUUGCCUUUUAGAUGUACGUCUUAUUUCCUUCACUGAGCAGUGUGUGUGUGUGUGUGUGUGUGUGUGUGUGUGUGUGUGUGUGUGUUGUCAUCUUUUCCCCCCUCCCCCUCUCCACUGCUCAGAUGGACUCGUUUUUUCAGGGGUUUAAUAAUAUCUUUGGUAAUCUUGUUUCCAUGUGUGAUUCUCUCUCUCUCUCUCUCUCUCUCUCUCUCUUCAUGUCUCUUUCUCAUCGACGCCUUGCGUUAUCAUCACCACUGUUGUCACAUGACCCACAAUUUGGUCACAUUUUACGACAGCAAACAAAAAAGUUGGCGAUAAUAAACUGGCUUUAAUCGACCGCUUAUCAAACACUAAUAUCAUUUUUGUAUUGUAUGUUUUCAAGACGAUCUGCUACAACGGCCUGCUUUAGCAAUAAAUCACGUCAUCUUUGUGACUAGCCAUUUAAUUCAACGCAAGCUAGCUAGCUAACAAUCCCAGACUUAUCACCACAGCUAUUUAACAAGCCCAAAUCUUGCUAGCUAACGACCCAAAACAGCAUGCUAGCUACUAAAAAAGGCAAAUUGUGACAAUUUUGCUUGCUGACAAACCAAAACUUAGCAUGCUAGCUAAUAAAAAAAGGCGAACCGCAUCAAACUCUCUAGCUGACGAGGCAGAAAUUGCUUCAGUUACAUCUCCUCUGUCAUUGUUAACUAGCUAGUCAGCCUCGGUUAUUAGCUAGCUCGCGUUUGCAUUGUUUAUAUCUCCAUGUUGCCUUUUACUCGAACAUCAGCCCUUUAAUAUGAAUUGAUUUGUCUGUAUUUUGUCAGCUUUAUUCUGCAGCAUGACUUUUGUUUAAUAUUAAAUGCUCCUGUUCAUGUCGCUGGUCAUUUCUAACUGAAUUUUUUUAUCACAAUUUUCCACAUUAUUUGAAUAAUCUAACAGAUUCUGAUGUAAUAAUACAAAGCACUCGCAUUUUUAAUUUGCGAGUUGCCUAGCAACAGUGAUGUUGACAGGUAGUGCAUCGCGAGGGAUGAUAAUCGCGUGCUAGCAGCUAGCAUACAGGUGAAGUUAGGGAUUAGCGAGUGAUGAGUCGUGUGUCAUGUACAACAUGCAGCAUGUUUCUGGAAUGAGGGGGAAAAUGUAGAAAAGGAAGAUAUUUAAACAACACAAGUUUAUUUCAUGUCUGACUCACGCUCAGAAGUGUGUUGGUUAAUAAUUAUGAUUAUGGAAUUGAUGCUGAGUAUUAAUGCUGAAUACCUGACCCACGUGGGGCGUUAUGAGCGUUUUACUGAUUGGCUGAAACUCUGGAUUGUGACUGGAUGAUAAUGAAAGUACCGAGUUGUGUGUUUUUGAGUUGUUACUGAAGAUUAAACUCGUUAUAAACUGUUCUGUAUUUAAACACACAAACGCUGGUACACCAGGUGUCGCUCAUUUCUCUCAUUCUUCUCUCCAACUCUCUAUUUCUCUCUAUCUCUCUCUCUCUGGUUCUAAAUGAAGCUCUGACUAUUUCUUUUACUGUGAUGAUGAUGAUGAUGAUGAUGAUGAUGAUGAAGAAGAAAUGAUAAAUGCUGAUGUUUGUUGCUGAUCUUUAUGUUUGCACUCAGAUUAAUAAGAAGGAAGUCCACUAACUGUGAUUCGCCCCUGGUACAACCUCUACACAGGAAAUAAAGUUUGGGAUAUAAUCCUGUUUAGAGCUAA